AUGCCUUUAAGCAACAAUGUAAUCGGUUGCAUAAACUUCAUCUCCGUCCUCCUCUCAAUUCCGGUAAUCGGCGCCGGAAUCUGGUUAGCCACCGGAACAGUAAACUCCUGCGUGAAGCUCCUUCAAUGGCCAGUAAUAAUCCUCGGAAUCUUAAUCCUCCUAGUGGGUCUCUGUGGUUUCAUUGGAGGGUUUUGGAGAAUCACAUGGCUUCUUGUUGUUUACUUAAUUGCCAUGCUGGUCCUAAUCGUGCUUUUAGCUGUUCUUGUUGGAUUCAUUUACAUGGUUACCAUUAAAGGCUCUGGUCAUCCAGAACCAAGCAGAGCUUAUCUUGAGUAUAGUCUUCAAGAUUUCUCUGGUUAUUUACGUCGACGAGUUCAGAGAUCUUAUAAAUGGGAAAGGAUUCGUACUUGUUUGAGUACUACUAGUAUUUGUCCUGAGUUAAACCAGAGAUUCACUUUGGCUCUUGAUUUCUUCAAUGCUCAUCUUACUCCCAUUCAAUCUGGUUGCUGCAAGCCACCAACAAAAUGUGGUUUCACGUUCGUGAAUCCUACAUAUUGGAUAAGUCCAAUAGAUAUGUCUGCAGAUAUGGAUUGUCUACAAUGGAACAAUGAUCAAAACACUUUGUGUUAUAGUUGUGAUUCCUGCAAAGCCGGUUUACUCGCAAAUCUUAAGGUAGAUUGGUUAAAAGCUGAUAUAUUUCUCCUUUUGGCGCUUAUCGGAUUGAUAAUCGUUUAUAUAAUCGGCUGCUGCGCUUUCCGGAACGCAGAAACUGAGGAUAUUUUCAGAAAGUAUAAGCAGGGUUAUACAUGA